AUGCUGCUGAAUCUUGGCCUCACAGCGGAUGCCGCAGCUGCCCAUACAAACGAUCCUCAACUUGAUUCUCCACCAGCCAACUGCCCUUACACUACCGCCUUCUCAUUAUCUGCACUACCAUUUCUGGGUACUCUCUACAGCAUCAACAAGCAGGCCGAUGGGCUUGCGCUCCCCGCAGGACCAGCAUCCGAGGCCAUGAGCCCCGUCGCGUUCGCGAGCGAAGGGGAGUCUUCUAAAGAUGCUGCUCCUUCGACUACCAGACCUCGAGGGGUCAACCCUGCUUACACCGUUCCGAAAUUAUCGCGUCCGAAAACCAUUUACCAAUUCGCCCAUCCCGCUUCGCAUGCCCGUCAUAAGCGACUGAAGCUUCGACCCAAGCUGCUCUUGCAGCUGCAGCAAGUGUCGCAAACCCCUCGACCUCUGCCCAUCCUAGACAUCCUACCUUCCACCUUGUAUCUCCCACGAUUAGCUCGAAAGUUUCCUGCCAUGUUCCGAGGCAGGAACGGACUCGGCCCCAAUGACUUGAUCAUCGUGAAGAGCGAACUAUACGACCGCAAGGUGGCAAGCAUCCCCGAGAAACACACAAGCUCCGAGGACGAGGAUGACGAUCAUCGAGAAGUGCUAGCUACAAUCUGUCAGAUGCUUCGAGAAGAUGCCCGUUCGAAGGGAAAGGCAGAGAUAUGUUUGAAUUUCGGACCAACGUGGGAGGCGACGCCUCUUCCUAGUGGUUCAUACGAGUUCGUUGCGCGUACGGACAACGGUGUACAGGUUGUGCGCUGGGCAUUACGAGGAGGGAAGAAUCGUAGGGUGUCUGCUCCUGCGGGAGCUCAGGUGCGCGACGAUACCAAGCGAUUCACCUUCAGUGUCAUUGAUCCAACCACCCGUCGACACCCCGUCAUCGCUUCCAUGACAAAGAAUCAACUAGAGGUCUUUGACGAAUAUGCCGCGGUCGUUCGAUCUCACACCGGCACCGGCACUGGCACUACGACUCCGAGCUCCGCUAGGUCCGUGAUCAGUGACAUGUCGGAUGAGGAACCCAGCGACACAAACAAAGUUACUCUCGAAGACAGCUUGCGCACAUUGAUCGUCAUUACGGGAAUCUGGGUCGCUUUUCGCGAGGGCUGGUCACAAAACUUUAGUUACAACGAUCCGCUUUUUUCGCCCACCGCCGCCAAAUCGCUUGUCUCCCCGACAUCCUCACGAUACAGCUCGCCGGCUCGGAAUGAAAAUGAUACGCCGAUUGAUCGUGAUGACUUGAGCCCGAUGAAGGAAACCUUGAAUGGCGGCAAGCGCUGCAUGUCCGUUUCAAGCGUUCGGCGUUCCAACUCCGUGGCGCCCACUGACGGUAGCGGCUUCGGCAGUCUUUCUAAGCGAUCAAACUCGACCGGUGCCACCUUCAUGGAUCGAGCCAAACGACGAAGCGCAUCCGGCGUGAGCACUCGUCUUAAUCGACACAGCAUGUUCACCGGCACCGGCGAGGCCGGUCACGAAAUCGUCAUUUCUCGACCUUCUUCUCGGCCACCUUCUUUGCGACAGAGCUCUAUUGAACCAGAGGACCUUGCCCCUCCUAAAAGAUUCAACCGCAAAUCCAAACCCCAACCCCUGACAGAGAAUAGCAAGCUUUCAUCGAAACCAGAUCGGGCCACCCCCACCCCUCAAGUCAACCAUCACGCUCGCAAUGCGUCACCUCAAGUGGAGACCAAAGACCCCGAAGCAGACACAAAGGGCAAACGACGACACCGACUCAGCAAUAUCUUCACGAUCUUCCACCGGAAGCACGGCGCUCACUGA